UAAGGCAGAGGGCCGACAAAGAUGUGGUUCUUGGGAGCAGGGAGCCCCUUUGUAUGCCUUCACAACACAGCUCUCUCUCUCCCUCCUCUCCCAACUCCUGUAACAGAGACUCCGCGCAACCAGCUUUCUGUUCCUGGGAGGAGUUUGGAAACGAAAAGCCGGGAGGGGCUGGGGGACGGAGUUUGAGCGUUUGGAGCUCUCUCUCUCUCUCUCUCUGUGUGUGGAUCUAAUGGUGUGUGUGGCCUUGCUUCCUGGCAGUGUAGCAGAGAGAGUGAGGACGUGGUGAAUUGCAGCUAUGAAUUCAGGAAGUGAAGGCAACCUGAAACUGACAGAAGCCACUCUUUUAGAUUCUCAUUCUCCGAACGUUCCCGAGAGGAAAGCCCCGAAGGAGCCAGAGGGGCAAGUUGGCAAAAUGAAGAGGAUUUUUGGGUUUGAGCUAUCGGAUUUCCGAAGCUGGUAUCGAUUUGUUCGCGUCCUGAACCGGCCCACGGACCCUGCCUGCCUCGGGGUCUUCAGGUUUCUGUUCGAAGACGGCAGCCCCCUCCCCCCAGCAGGAUGUCACAUAAAUAAUCCGCGGACAAGUUUGGCUCGAAGGGCCGAAUGGCCUGCUUAUGUUUUGCAAAGUGUCGAUGCGGAGAAAUUCUCGACUUUUUGUUUUGUGAUCGACCCCCUCUGCUUUCUUUUCCCGUUUUGUCUGAACAGGCUGGUGCUGUCUGAGGAUCUGGUCAACGUUCUGGUUGUCCACGGUGGAGGGCUCGUCCUAGAUCUGACUGCUGGGUACCUUCUCUUCUUCGACGUCACCCGGCCAUACGCCAUGGUUUUUGUCACCUACUUCCACUGUAUGAACUCCCAGCUCUUCAGCAUAGGAAUGUUCUCCUACACCAUGUUGGCGACAUCUCUGCUGUUCUGCUACCCAGACUGGCCCAAGAGGCUCACCCAGAAGUUCCCAGCAUUCCUGAGGCCCUUGCUCCCGCUGACGGACCAGCCCCAACGGAGCGACUCGUGCGUCUACCCUGGGCCCGGGGCCGGCCGGAAAACCGGGAGACGGGAGGCUGCCGUCGUCAAGGAGACGGGCCUAACGCCGCGGCAGUGGCUGGGGGCAGCUUUUACCGUCAUCUACGUGGCUGAGCAGUUCUUCCUGCCGUAUUCGCACUUCAUCACACAGGGGUACAACAAUUGGACCAAUGGACUGUAUGGGUACUCGUGGGAUAUGAUGGUCCAUAGCCGAACGCACCAACAUGUCAAGAUAACAUACAAAGAUGGCGUCACUGGGCAGAUAGGCUACCUAAACCCUGGGGUGUGGACGCAGAGUCGGCGGUGGAAGGACCAUGCUGACAUGUUGAAGCAAUAUUCUGCCUGCCUCGCAAGGCAGCUGCUGAGGUACAACAUCUCCGAGCCUGAGAUUUACUUUGACAUCUGGGUGUCGAUAAAUGAGAGGUUCCAGCAGAGGCUCUUUGACCCUCGUGUUGACAUUGUAACGGCCGCGUGGUCCCCCUUUAAAAAGACGACCUGGUUGAUGCCCCUCCUGGUCGAUCUGUCACCCUGGAGAACGAAGUUUGACGAAAUCGAGAAAACGUUGGACAAUCAGACCGAUGUGGUUUUCAUCGCUGACUUCCCAGGGCUCCACCUGGAGAACUUUGUGAGCGAGGACCUCGGCAACACCAGCAUCCAGGUCCUGAAGGGUGAGCUGGCCGUGGAGAUCGUGGCUGAGAAACGAAACUACACCCUGAAGGAAGGAGAGAAGAUGCAGAUACCAGCUGGUGAGUACCACUCGGUGUACACUAUAUCGGAAGAACCCUCCUGUUACAUGUAUAUUUACGUGAACACUACCAUGGUGCAGUUUGAGAAGAAUUACACCCGUUUGGUGGAACUCCAGGAGAAGAUCAAGAACGGGACAGAGACGGAGGGGAUUUCGCCCGAGCUGCAGACGUUGCUGAACGGGAGCUCAGAGGACACCAACGUCACGGACCCCUUGCUGGCGGCGUUCGUGCACCGACAGCGCAGGCAGGAGGAGUACGAGCGGAGGAAGAACGCGACGGUGGCCAACAGACUCUUCCGGUUUGCCCAGAAGAAGCACCAGACCUUCCGCAGGAGCAUCCUCAUGACUGGCUACGCGAUACGGAACCUGCUAUUUGGACGACCCCCCGUGGAGCAGUUGGCCGAAGAGCUGGAGUACGCAAACAUGAAACUUUAUGAGAACUCAGACCCUGAAGCCCAGACGAAGGCCUGGCCUAAGUUGGAGGAUCACGCUGAACUGUGACGAAGCUCACAAACUCAUCAAAACCACCCCCCUCAAGCUUCUCAAAAUCAAGGCUUCCGCACGCGAACUCGCAGAAGAAGCCUUGGACUCGAAAAAACCUUGAACUUUUUUUUAUUAUUAAACAACAGAUGGAACUUUA